AUGUCGUCGGAGAUCGAGGUGGUGGAGGAGGUUGAAUCCAGAGAUCAUGAUUCAUCAUCCUCCGCCGUUGCCGCCACCGCCGCCAACGGUGGCGGUGAGAUAGAGGAGGAGAGCUUGAGGAACGAUGUGUAUACCGCCGCGGCUUAUGGGGAUAUGGAGAAGCUGCAGAGAUUGGUGGAGAGCGAGGGCUGCUCCGUCUCCGAACCCGAUUCUCUCGGUUACUAUGCCCUCCAAUGGGCUGCUCUCAAUAACCGCACUGCUGCCGCCCAAUACAUUAUCGAGCAUGGGGGUGAUGUGAAUGCUGCAGAUCAUACAGGGCAAACAGCGUUACAUUGGAGUGCAGUUCGUGGUGCAAUGCAAGUUGCCGAAGUUUUACUUCAGGAGGGUGCUCGGGUCAAUGCUGCCGAUAUGUAUGGGUACCAGACAACUCAUGUAGCUGCACAAUAUGGCCAGACAGCCUUCCUUUAUUAUAUAGUAACAAAAUGGAAUGCUGAUCCUGAUAUCCCUGAUAAUGAUGGAAGGAGUCCUUUACACUGGGCUGCAUACAAGGGUUUUGCCGACUGCAUACGGCUUCUACUAUUUCUAGAUGCAUACAGGGGAAGACAGGAUAAAGAGGGUUGUACUCCUCUACACUGGGCUGCUAUCAGAGGAAACUUAGAAGCUUGUACAGUGUUGGUACAGGCAGGGAAGAAAGAAGAUCUUAUGCUGACGGAUAACACUGGCUUCACACCUGCACAGCUUGCUGCUGAUAAGAAUCAUCGACAAGUUGCCUUUUUCCUUGGUAAUGCUAGAAAGCUUCUAGAUAAAAAAUGUGAUGGAAACAGCCGACUUGGGAAACUAUCAAAAUUGGGACUUGCUCCAGCUCUUUGGUCCAUUAUUUUUCUGCUGCUAGUUACCUAUGUUCAUUCAGUAAUUAUGUCUCCUACUCUACCAAAAUUAACAGCUGGAUUUGCUCUUCUGGCUUGGUUGGGUGUUUUCCUGGCAACUUCCGGUUUAGUUUUGUUUUAUAGGUGUAGCAGCAAAGAUCCAGGUUACAUCAAAAUGAAUAUGCAUGAUUCUCAAAAUACAAGAGAUGAUGAACCCUUGUUAAAGAUGGAAUAUAAUCAUCCUGCAUUGCUUGCUGGGAAUUGGGCUCAGCUUUGCUCCACUUGCAAGAUUGUUAGGCCACUUCGCGCAAAACACUGUUCCACAUGUGAUCGUUGUGUUGAACAGUUUGACCAUCAUUGCCCUUGGGUAUCGAAUUGCAUUGGCAAGAAGAACAAAUGGGACUUCUUCUUGUUUCUUGUUUUGGAAGUGUUGGCUAUGUUGAUUACUGGUGGAGUUGCUUUAAUAAGAGUCGUGACUGAUCCAUUAGCUCCAUCUUCUCUUGGAGGCUGGUUAAGCCAUGCUGCCAACGAGCAUGUUGGUGCAAUUGGAUUCAUAAUCUCUGAUUUUUUCCUGUUAUCAGGAGUUGCAGUGCUGACUGCUGUUCAAGCUUCUCAGAUCUCACGUAAUAUCACAACAAAUGAGGUAGCAAAUUUAAUGCGGUACUCUUAUCUAAGAGGACCCGGUGGUCGAUUCAGGAACCCAUAUGAUUAUGGGUGCAAGAGAAACUGUUCGGAUUUCUUGAUCAAUGGUUACAAUGAAGAUAUCGAGAUACUUGAUGAGGAAGCAGGUCAGACUGAAGGAGGUAUCAGGAUGAUGCAGAUGUCAAGAGCAUCAAACCUUCAACAAAAUGGGGUCUCCUCCCAUUCACAUCAUCAAACCAAUGCCAAUGGAAAUGGCAACGGCCAUGUAGUAGUAAACGUGAAUAACCACCACCAUUCUCAUGUUCAUUCUUCUUCUUGUAAUCAUAAAAACAACGCGAAAAAUGAUUCGUCGGUUCCUAUAGGAUUAGGAGUUGGUCUUGGCGGUCGCAACACCGCCCGCGCUGUUAUAUCUUCAUGA